CAUAAAUGGUUCGCAGAAUAUGAGAUCAAUCAUGAGAGUUCGUAAUGGUAAUAAUGGUAACUUAUCUUUGGGAUCGAAUGGUUAUAUAUCAGCCUCAUCAACGUCUUCACAACGAAUGACCUCACAAAUGUAUGGUCUUACGAAUAAAUAUAUGCCAGUUCAUACACACAAUCCUUACCGCAGUGCGUUUACCGGGAAUAUAAGAGGUGGAAAUGGGAAUGGUUUUUUUUCGAGAGGUAACGUUGGUGGGCGUGGUGGACAUUUUAGCAAUGGCAUGAACGGCUUUGCACCCAGGGGACGGGGUAGAGAUGAUGGAAAAACAUAA